AUGGCAAGGCUUUACCCCUCUGGCGUAGUCAACAGUAUCAUUGAGCGGCUACAUUCUGAAGCUGUUCGACAAAUUGGUGUGACGGAUGAGCUUUCGGGACUCGAAAAGACAUUUUCGAGCGUAAAAGCUGUACUUACUGAUGCAGAGAAGAAGCAGAGGGCUGACAAAGCGGUCAAACGCUGGCUGGAGAGGCUUGAAGAUGCAGUUUAUGAAGCUGAGGAGUUGGUGGACGAGUUGUCCUACGAGGCUUUGAGACAACAACGUGCAGGGAUGCUCGGAAGGGACAGCAUUACCAAGAAGGUAUGUACUUUCUUCUCAACCUCCUUGAAUCAAGUUGCCUUGCAUGGCAAGCUCGGUAACAAAGUUAAAGCUAUUAACAAAAGAUUAGCUGCAAUUAGAGAUGAUAGAGACUUUGCUUUGGAGAAGAGACACGAGGAGGAUAUAGUUGUCACUGGAGGGGAGGAGCCUACUCCCUCAUAUGUACCUGAAGAUGAAGUAAUUGCGUUGGAAAGUGAUAAGAUGGCAAUCAAACAAUAUCUUUUGGAUGCCACUAAAAGUAACAAAGAGAAUGUACAGGUGAUUGCUAUAGUUGGCAUGGGCGGUGCAGGAAAAUCCACACUUGCUAAGUUGGCAUAUAAUGAUGAGGAGGUGGUAAAGCAUUUUGAUUUAAGAUUGUGGGUAAAUCUCUCUGAUAAUUUUGAUGAGAGAUUCGUCAUUAGAAAUAUAGUUAAAUAUGCAACCAAGAAAGAUUUUGAAAACCUAGAGACGUAUCAAUUGAAGCAGAAACUUGGUAAAAUAGUGAGGGGAAAACGUUAUCUCCUUGUACUUGUUGACGUGCAGUAUGUCAGUGACAAAUGGACAAGUUUGAAACUUUUGUUAUCAGGUUGUGCAUAUGGGAGUAAAAUAAUAAUAACAACUCGUUCAUGUGACUUUGCACAUACUAUGGGCACAAUGCCACCAUAUGAGUUGUCAUUAAGUAAAGAAAAAUCUUGGGAUCUAUUUCAAGAGAUGGCUUUUAUGAAUAGAGAGGAGCCAAUCAAUUCUGAGAUUGAGGAAACUAGGAGAAGAAUUGUUGACAUUUGUUCAGGGAAUCUUUUUUUGAUAAGGACAAUAGGAAGGAUUUUUUAUUCAAAAAACCCAAAAACAGAAUGGUCCUCCCUCCUGGAAAUGCUAGAAUGUAGAAGUCGGGAGGCACCCCACGGUUAUGUUUUUCGGAUGCUGGAAAUUGCUUAUGAGAAUCUCCCAUCGCAUUGA